AUGAUCCUGACACCACCAACACUAGUACUGACUUCGGGGCUAGUGAACUCUACCAUCAAGCAAGGACACGGCCUUCUGAUCUGGAAGGCAUGGUUACCUGUAGAUGCAACGGUAUAUCCGUACAAUAUAUUCGCUUACAUCCACCAGGUCGCUUUGACUUUCGUAGAAGGGUGUUUUAUUAUUGGCGGCUUGAAUGCUUUCUACCUUGUUCUAAUCAUUUAUACAACUUCUCAGUUCGAACUUCUGUCUUCAUCCCUGAGAAAUGCCACACAGAACAUUCGAGACCAAAUUAAGAAGGAUUAUACAGUUAACAAGGACAGUUCUGGAGCAGACACCAGCAUGCUAGUAGUUACGAAGGCUGCAGAGGUGAUUUAUAUACAGCAAAGAUUUUCAGAUCGAAGCAGUGAAUACAAGGCAUCAUACUUCAAGUACGACGAAAAUAAAGUGUCAUCUUAUAUGAAAGAAUGCGUUCAGUACCACCAGAACCUACUUGAAUACGCUAACGACCUCAAUGAGAUGCUCAGUCCGCUACUCUUCAUGGAACUUCUCACAGCUUCGCUUAUUAUAUGCAUGUUGGGGUUCCAGCUCAUUCUGAUGCCUCCGAAUAUCAAGUUUUUUCAAAUGCUGACUCACCUCUUCACUGCUGUGUUUGAAUUGGGGCUUUUCUGCUGGUUCGGUUCCAGCCUCAUUACCCGGAGUGAAGAGGUGCACAACGCAGCCUACGAGUGUGGAUGGUACGACAUGUUGCCAAAGGCAAAGCGACAUGUGCAGAUGAUUAUCACGAGAGGACAGAAACCUGUUGCCCUCAGAACAGGGCAGUUCGGCUUGUUGUCCAUGCCACUAUUCGCAGAACUGAUGAAGGCGUCCUAUACAUACCUGGCUAUGCUGAAACAACUUCAAGAAGGGUGAAAUCUUAGUUAAUAACGGA